AUGACAGAGUCGCAUCCAACUGAUGAAGCUUUUUGUGAAUUGAAUCGAUUAAAACAUCUAAACUCUUUGGAUCUUCGGAAUAAUACCUUGAAAGGCGUUAUUCCCUCUUGUCUUGGGAUGAUUGAAAUGCUUCAACGACUUCAUCUAUCGGAUAAUCAAUUAGAAGGAGUUUUAUCAUCUUCUAUUUUUGCAAAUGCUUCAAGUCUCAAAUAUCUUGAUCUUUCAGGUAAUCACUUUCAUGGCAAUCUACCUCUAUUAUUAUUCUCUAACCAAAGCAGGAUUUGGCGGUUUGACCUUUCAAGCAAUCAAUUAGAAGGGGUAUUGCCAUUUUCUAUUUUUGCCAAUGCUUCAAGACUCAUGUACCUCGAUCUUUCGAGCAACGAUUUGGAAGUUGAAACCGAGUCUCCUUCAUGGGUUCCAACCUUCAACCUAAGUUAUUUGAAUUUGGCGAAGUGCAGCCUCAACAAGAAGAAUGGUCAUGUUAUCCCAAGCUUCAUCUCCACCCAAGAUUCCUUGGAAUGGCUAGACUUGUCUCACAACUUAAUAGAGGGCAGCAUACCUUGUCAGUUGUUAUUCAGCACGAGUAUCAAAGUUUUAUCCUUGAGAAGUAACAAAAUUGAUGGUUCUCUUUUUCUUGGUUGCUUUGCUAAUCGAACUUCAUCACUUAGAUCCUUUGACAUAUCAGAUAAUAAUGUCACAGGUUCUCUUCCUGAAAAUAUUGGACAUCUUCUUCCAGACUUUAUAUCAUGUUAA